GGGUCCCGGCCGGCGGGGUUGGGCCCCAGCUGCACCCUCGCUGGAGGCGGCGCGGACCCCGCGGCCGCAGAUGUGGCGAGGCACCUGGUUGGGGCUUGGACCCCAGCCCGCGUGGAAGAGACUCCGAGGCAGGGGAGACCUUCGAGACCAGCUCCACCAAAGCCCCUUGUUACACUGUCGGGGAAACUGAGGCUCAGAGGAAGGACUCCUACUUGCCCCAAUCCCGGAGCAGCGCAUUUCCCACCUAGACACACUACAUUUCUCCUACAACUUCGUGUCUCUGUUGAAUAUUCGUUGACAGCAUCUCGUCCACAUCGUCCAAGUGUGAUGGUGUAAGAUAGAGAUCUGAGAUUUAAUUCUCGCAGGGGGUAACAGGGAAAGAAAAAACAAGACGUGUGGAAAGGAGGAGGAGGGAAGUUAAGUUUUUAGAAACUGAAUUGGCCCUGGCAGGUACAGUCCCUGUGAUACUGUCCCAGUGCUGAGCUGGAUUGUGACCUGUGGCCCUUUUAUUGCUCUCUGCUUAAGGAAUGUCAAAGCGAAACACCCAGCAGCAUUUAUGCAGCACGAAGGCGUUUGGGAAAUCAUUUUCAGUCAGAAAGUGAGCUGAUGAGUGCUUCAACACGAUUUUGACAUUAUGGCAGGGAGGCAUCAGAAUCGUAGUUUUCCUCUUCCAGGAGUUCAUUCAAGUGGUCAAGUACAUGCAUUUGGAAAUUGUACAGACAAUGAUAUGUUGGAGGAGGAUGCUGAAGUGUAUGAGCUUCGAUCCAGAGGAAAAGAAAAAAUCCGAAGAAGUACAUCAAAAGAUAGACUUGAUGACAUUAUAGUAUUAACAAAAGAUAUACAGGAAGGAGACACUUUAAAUGCAAUAGCCCUUCAAUACUGUUGUACGGUAGCAGAUAUCAAGAGGGUUAACAAUCUCAUCAGUGAUCAAGACUUUUUUGCCCUUAGGUCUAUCAAAAUUCCAGUAAAAAAGUUUAGUUCAUUGACUGAAACACUUUAUCCUCCAAAAGGAAGACAGACUUCACGUCCUUCAUCUGUCCAGUACCUUUCAGAACAACAGGAAGUUUUGUCAGCUAAUGAUUUUCUUUCUUCCAGUGAGUCAGCUGGUAGCUUUUUAAAAGAAGUAGACCGAGACAUAGAACAAAUAGUAAAAUGUACAGACACCAAAAGAGAGAACCUUAAUGAGGUGGUGUCUGCCUUGACAGCACAACAAGUACGCUUUGAACCUGAUAACAAAAACAUUCAACGUAAGGAUCCUUAUUAUGGAGCAGACUGGGGAAUAGGGUGGUGGACAGCUGUAGUGAUAAUGUUGAUAGUAGGCAUAAUAACGCCAGUAUUUUAUUUGCUGUAUUAUGAAAUUUUAGCUAAAGUGGAUGUUAGUCACCAUUCAACAGUGGAUUCUUCACAUUUGCAUUCAGGAGUCACACCCCCAUCACAGCAGAGAGAAAUGGAAAAUGAAAUGGCUCCAACUAAAGGAAUACCCUUUGUCCCACAAGAUGACCAUAAGCUUUAUAGUCAAUAUUCUCAGUUACCUGCUGCUCGACACAAAACAUAGCAGUUAGUUCAGUUACAGUGUUAGCGAUCACAUGUGUAUCUGGAAUUUGGUGGGUGAAUCAGUUAUAUUAAAUAACCACUUCAAAGGCAGAAUUUAGGGAGAUUGAAGAUGCUUUGUUUUUCACCUUUUUUUUUUUGUUUGUUUUUUGGAGCCAUUUACAAAUGGAUUGAAUAUAAAAUCCCUACAGUUGCUAGUUGUUGAUUCUGAAAGCAGUACAUCUGUAUAUCUCUUUUAUCAAUGCUUAAAGCAGAAAUGAAUUUAAAUAUGUGUCUCGGAAGUUCCUGGAAAAUGCAUUUUUUUCUUAUUCAAGACUGGUUACGUUCAAAUUUUAUUUUUUAAGCAAUUGUUUUUGGUUUGAGGUUAUUAAUAGUAAAUUCAUUAUGCAGAAUAAUGAUAGCAUCAGAUGUCUGCAACUGAAGAAAAUUUAUUACUAACCAUCAAAAUAUUUAGUUGCAGAAAAGUUUGAUUCUAAAAUUAUUUGAUAGGACUUAAAAUUUCAUUUUGAAACUUAAGAAAAACCCCACAUUAGUACAUACGCUAUGAAAACAUAAGUAGAACAGAAAGGGGAAAGAAAUGUAUAAUGUCUGUAAUAGAAGCUGAGAUAUAUUAUUAUUUUUAAGCCCCCAAAUUAAUGUGUUAACUGUUGGGAAGUUGCCAUUUGGUCACUAGAACACUGGAUUAUGUCAGGACCUAAAAGUUAUCUUUGUCUCUGAAAGAAUGCUGCCUCUGCUUCUGUGUUUUAAGUGAUUAUAUUUGCCUCUGAUGUUUGAAAGCACUUUUGUUGUUCUUUGAUGAAAAGUGUUAUACAUGUACAGAUUAGUAUUAAUUAGGAAAUAUUUCCUUACAUACUGUGAUAAGUUGUUGCUGUUACAUGUAAUAACAUGCCUUAAUUACAUUUAAUGCCUUAUAAUACUUUAUGUAAACUAGUACAAUUUUUAGAAUUAAAAUUAAGCAUUAUUUCAGAUGGUCCGAUAGGAUUCAUAACAUAGGCUGUAUAAAUUUGUCUCCACCUUCACUGUCAGGCACAAGUUAAUGGGAUAGUAACAUUUUUGUUGUCUGUCUCUGAGGUCUGUUGCAGAAAAGCAAGGGUAAAGAGACCUUUUGCAUUAGCAAAAACAGACAAAUUGUUCUGUAUAUUGAUCCCUUAACCUCUGUUUUUCAAAGAGAAAAUGUUCAGCUUAGGUCUUUUUUCCCUGAACUAGAGCAUCAAAUUGGAGAAGAGAGGCCAAAGGUGUAUAUGGAUUGGUCAAAAGAGUGCCACUUUUAAGAUCUGUGUGGAUCAGAGUCUGGCUAAAUAAGCAUUUGCAUACUGAUUCCAUCAUUUAGUUUUUAAAAGUAUGUGUUUUUAAAAUGCUAUCAAAAUGAUUCAUUUGGUGGAGUCUGGCUUGCCUGUUUGUGUAUAAUAAAGUAUGUACCUUAAGAUAUAUUAUACCACCUAAUUUUCUGGGCAUUAUUUCCUAACUUUUAAUGUUUCAGCUUUUUGACCAGUCAUUUUAUAUUUCAAACUUCAGUCUUGAUACAAAGUGGGGUGAAUAAAUAUAUAUGCUUAAUGAGGUUUAAUGUCGUUUUAGGAGCAGUGUAUCAUAGAAAGACAGGACAAAGAUGUCAAACAUUAAAGCCCUUGCAUAUAUUAGAGGGCCUUAGACAAUUACCAAAAAGUGUUAAUAUGGAGAUUUGUAGCAAAUUGAUUUUUUGAGUUAACUCUAUUAGUUUAAGAUUUAAAAAAUUGUUUUAAUGUGCUUUGGGCAUCUUGAGAAAAGUAUGAUCUUUCUAGUUUAUGCUCAGUGUUAACUUGGUCAGUUUACAUUGUAUUUAUUAAGCCUGCUGAAAAUCAAGUUUCAAGAAAGAAAAUAAAGAUUAUUUUAGGGUAGAAUGGGCUAGAUGUCCUUUGAAGAACUUUGUUUACAUCAAAUUGAUGAAAUUACGGAGUCAGGGAUUCCUUUUUGCUAGCGGUACUUUGAAAUUGUGAUAGAGAAGUCUGAUUUAUAAAAUAAGUAACUUUUUAAAAAGUAAUGAGGUAUACCAUGUACUUGAUUAGAAACCUUUUCUGUCUUGCAGAGUGUCCUAUUCCUUGAAGGCAGUAUAACAUAUCCUUAUGACACAGGCAGUUUCCUUUGUCCAUAUAUUUGAAUUACAUUGGGCUGGCCAAAAA